UGAGCUACACUUUUCGCUUUAUUCGGUUCUUCCUCAGUUUUACUGUUUCCGUUCUUUCAUAGGCGUUUUAUUUUAUACAUGACGGAGUCACGUUCGUUUUGUAUUCAGAUUGAUUUAAAAUUUUGCAUGAAUCAAAUCUCAGCACAGAUGAGAGUUCAGUGUCUGACUGUUUGACGCUUCACGUCUGGAGGUCGUGAAGAUGGGAAGGUUGGAAUGGAAUACACGUCACCGUCCUCUAAGUUUCAGUCACCAGGAAGUGACGUCAGAAUGCUCGAAAAACCAUCGCCAACUCCGCCAUAGCUACAGUCAAAGGGAAGUGUCCCGUCAUUCUCGUCAAGCUAGUGUCGAAUCUCUUACAAGUUCCUCGGUGGAUCUGAAAAAGCAACUCGCUACCAGUGUGGAAUCGGUGAGUGCGUGGACUAAUAACAAUCCUACGGUCACGAAAUCCACACCUCAUCUUGCGCAGGGGCGCACUCAGCGGCACUCCACUUCUUCUGGCAGUUUACUGCAGUCCGACCUGGAUGAAUCUGCGGCUGGCAGCAUGGUAACGAGGAGGUUUAAGAAAGGAUCGGUUUAUGAUGCUCUUGCAUCAACAAGUGGGCUUGAUUUCUCCCCUGUAGUGCAGCUUAAAACAUACAAUACUCGGAGAGAUGAAGCCAGUCCUUUAAUGCAAGUUCCCAAACCACCCGAUAAGCUAAGAGAAAAAACAUCUAAACUGCAGCUUAAUAGCAGCCCUUCUAGCGACAGCAGUGCCUUGUUCUUUAAAGAUAAACCUUUGCAUGAAUCUCAUGAUACGCUUCUUAGCUCCUUAAAUGUAAAACCGUCCCAAAGUCCCAAGGAAAAUAAAAGAGAUCUUCCACCGCCUCCUCCUCCUACUACUUCCAAAUUAGAUGGAACUGAUGCUGCGAAGUGUAUUGCUGCACAUGAAAAAUAUCCUUCUUGGCCUGUUACUGCUCCAACAACAUCUUCCGUUACAUAUAGGUCACAUUCAUGGACUGGACAAACUGAUUAUCCCAAAGAAAAAAUAGCAUAUUCAAGACCGAAGAAAGCUCAUCAAUAUAAAAUCUCCACAAACCAACUGCAGCCUGUUUUAGAAAGAGCUCCGGACUAUAACUCGAAUAAAAAUAACUCUGAUUGUUUGCAGCAAUCAGAAAUGAGGAAUAAUGCUGAUAGUUAUCAUUUGCCAUAUCCUACAUGUAACAGUUCUGCAGGAGACUGCAAUGGUAAACAGUUUGAUUUUGAAGCCUUUCACACUCCUUGUAUUCCGCAUUGUUACGAGGAUAAAAAUGAUUAUAGAAUACACUCUCCGCCAGAACGUGAUAUUUCACCUGCUGCUUCUUCCUCAGCUAAAUCACCAAAUGAAAUGCCCGUAGCCGACUCGAAUGGUUUCCUUAGUAGAUAUGAAGAUGUUUUGCGUCACCAAGCUCAAUAUUCAGUUCCUCUUUCUUCAGCUUGGAGCAAACAGGGACGAAUUCCCGAAAAUAAACAUUCUUCAGCAGCUCCUGAUACACCCUUUUUAGAUCGGCUUAGACUCGAAAAUUCAUGGCAGAUGCCUCCCCCUCCAGUACCUAUACAUCCUGCAGCUGUGCCUCAAAUACAACACCAAGCACCCCCGGGAAAUGAUUUUGAACUUUCCAGUGAAAACGGAACUUGGAUGGGAAGCAUGGAAAGCAGUAGUCAUGGUCGAGGAAUCCCCAAGUGGCAAGGAUCAUAUAGUGAUUUAAGUACCCUCAGUACUCAGUUAUCUAACCGUAGCUCUCUCUUUGACAGUGGUCAUUCUACUAUGCCUGAGAGUGGUCGUUUAUCUCCACAGUCUUCAUGUGAUAGCACUGCUCCAAGUUUAUUGUUAGAAGGUGCAACCCGUGCUGAGGUCGUUGCCAGGCACGGUUGCCAUAGAGAAAUUGUAGCCCACAGUGCUCGAGUUCAGCAGCCUGAGCGGCAUGGAUCAGAGAGUGUUUUGUAUUAUGCUACGGGAUCCCCUACGAGGCCAAACAGUGAUGCCAAAGUGCCUUCUAAAAAUAUGGAUAUCGUUGCUUGUGGAAGUCAAAUGUCUGCAGAAGAAGCGAUGUAUCGUAGCCAUGCUUCUUUAACACUUUCUCCAUCCUUAUCAAAAUCAAACCUACAUGAAGUGCCUGAAUCUUCAAGUAAAUCGAACAAGUGUCCUUCCCGACAGGAUUCAAGAAAAAGUUCGAACUCAUUUUCGUCAGAGGAUUCUUACCCGCGAUCUCGAUGUCCUGAAGGAGAUGAUACUUCGGGCUCAUCAUCGGAUGUCAGUAACAUUACAUGCAUAACUAAUUACAAAAGUUCAGCCAAAUCGAAAAGCUUAGAAAAAACUUCUCCUCUCCGUGAGAUUUUGAAAUCAAAAGAUAUAGAUUCCCCUUUCUCUAAAUACAAAUAUGGAUAUGAACCUUCGAAGUCUAAAAGUAUGGAUGAAACUACACGGAAAUUCGUCUUCCCUGAAGCUGAUAAAAGGCAACGGGUGUCUGAUCCGGAAUUAAAAGCCAUCCAAAAACAAGCUGUAAUGUCGUUCUACCAAAGAAUGUCUCUUGCUGAAUCUAUAAAAUCUGACCAGAAAUUACCUAUAAAUACCGCAGGAUCCGAUAUUGAACCUCCUCCGCCAUAUGAGUCUUCAUCAUCAUCAAGUAGGCUAAAAAUGUCUGUGCCUAAAUUGUCGUUUCCUAAAAACCUCAACAAACAGCCACAACCGAAGAAUUCAAACCAAAUGUCACCUCAGGCUCUUGAAAUGCUUCCUAAAUCAUCUGAUUCCGGGCUUUUAAAUAGCCAUAGCAAAUCCGUUCCUAAUUUGGUGAUGCUUAAAGGUCAAAGUUUGGAUUUGCCACCUAGUCACCCAAUAUUCAAACAGACAUAUAAUGGACAAUCAUGGGUAUGUGAAAAUAAUCAAAACCUUCAUAAAAAGAGAGGAUCACCUCUAGCGAAGGACGAAAUAAUAUCUUGGGAUCAGCUUCCAAACGUUUUGGAAAAGAAAAGAGAAGCAUUCGAGAAAGCUGCGCCCUCUAGUGAGAGUAAAGAUCCCCCUGAAGAUAAUGGAGGUUGUUCCAGUGGGAUGCACUAUUUGAAGCCUCACAGGUCUCCGCGUAAAGUGCAACUCAAAGAAGUGCAUCAUUCCAAUGAGACUGCAUCUGUCAAAGUGAUGACUCCGGAUGGCGUGACAUUGGUCCAAACAAAUGAACGAAAAGAGGAGAAAACGACGUCGAAAGGCCCGCCCCACAAACGGCGCCCUGCUCCGCCGCCGCCCCCUAAGCAGCCACCUAAAAGGCCGCCACCUCCUCCCCCUCCUGUCACUCCACCUCCACCUCAGGUGGUAGUGGUAAUGGAUGGGGCUGAAAACGACAACUCUGAGAAAUUUGGAGAGCUCAGGAUUGAUGUGAAACCACCAUCUCUGCAGCUUCUCUCAUCGGCUUCGAGCCCUCAGCUACUACAUAGUUAUGGGUCAUCUUCUCUGUCUCCUCCUUCGUCUUGUUGUGAUGACACUGGCUGUCCUUCCAGUCCCGAGUUACCGUUACCGCCGCCGCCUUCUGCCGACGGUAGCGACAUUGUGAUGACGUGUGAUGAACCUCUUCCGCCACCGCCAGAUCCUCGAGAUGUGGACGUGCAACCUAGAAUUCUCGAUAGCUCGUCACUAAUAUAUCCCAAGAAUUCCUACAUGUCAUAUAGAAGUGAAAGGAAGCUUGGAAGACAAGGAUUUGAUGGAAAAUAUCGUCGAUCGUUUCAUACGUCUGCUUCAUCAGUGGAUCUAACAACUUUAGGUACAAGUUUUCAGGAUGGAAAGAUUGGAUUUUCCCCUAGUAGCUGGGAGCAGAUACAUAAUAUACGACAGCAUGGUACCACAGUUAUAUUUCACUCUGAUUGUCUGAACCAUAACAAUCGUCUUCAGCGAAGCAGUUCUCAAGAUUGCAUCCUUGCCGAGGAAACAUCUCACAAUGGAACAGAUAACAUAUCAAAUGGCAGCUUAGAAGUGUCAGAAAAUAAUCAGUCAUCAACCAGUAUUAGCACACAGUGUUCUGAAAGCAAAGAUAUUCAGUUACAAUCAGUGCCAUACCGUUCACCUAGUCACGAGAGAAUCAAUAUUGAAGUCCAAAACUCUUUUUCAGAUACUCAGCAUAAUAUGUGCUCCACCAAAGUGAAGUCAUCUAAAUCAAAAUGCACUGAUAAUACUUUAACAAACUCUGAAAGUGGUAAUAAAGAUCAGUCAUCUCUAGACAAUAGUAUUUUUCAAGAUAACAGUUUUGUAGACAGUGAAAGUGAUACAACAUUAAAUGUUGAUCAUAACCAAAAUGCUGUGCAUAAAAAUGAAGAAUCAAAUUCCAAAGUUGUAAAUGGAAAUGAUCUAAUUAACAGAAUCAAUAGUGCCACUCAAACCACAGAUACUCCCAGGCUACAUCGUAAGUUGUGUAAAACAAAGGAAGAAUUGGAAUGUGAACGGUUGUCAAUGGAUUUUAUUCACCAUUAUGGAGAUGUUACCCUAAAGAACUUACUAGUUCCUGCUCCUAAUCAUAAAACAAUGUCUGAUUAUAUGGAAGGAUUAUUAAAUUUGGAACUAGAAAAUGGUGGUUAUCCUGCUCGUCGAUGUAAGUCUGCAGCAAGCUCCACACGAACUGAAAAUGGUCAAAAGGAUGAAAAACUGUCAAAUAAUGAGAAAAGCAACUCCUUAUUUGAAUCUAAGCGAAUGAUUAAUCAUUGUUUGGAAAUGAAUGACAAUCAGAAUGUAUCUAAUGAAUCUGAGCUAAGAAAGAAAAAGGAACAAUUAAUCUUAAGCAUUUCAAAGAAAGUUGAAACUCUUAGAAGUGAGCAAACAAAUGUUCGAGCUGAAAUGCUUCAAAAUGAAUUACUAGGUGAGGAUAUUGCUAAUCGUUUGCAGGCAUUAGCCAAACCAAAUGAGCUCGAAAAAUAUUCCCUUCAUGUUGAAGAAAUGGAGAAAAUAGUUAACCUAUUGCUUUCCCUUUCUGGACGACUGGCUCGAGCAGAAAAUAUUUUGAAAAGCAUGCCAAAGGACAGCAGUUCUGAUGAAAAGAGAAUUUUGGAAGCUAAAAGAGAUAAACUGCUAGAGCAACAUGAAGAUGCCCGCAGAUUAAAAGAAAGUAUUGACAGACGUAGCAGCCAAGUUUCUACAUUCCUUCAUCGAUAUUUAUCAGAUGAUGAAUAUGCUAAUUAUGAUCGUUUUAUAAAGAUGAAAACUAAACUUAUUGUUGAUAAUCGUGAAUUAGAUGAGAAAAUCAAUUUAGGUGAAGAACAGUUGGCUGCACUUAGUGUCGUAGCUCAUCUUUGGAAAAGUGCCAACUCGUAAAAUUAGUUCUUUUUUGUUUAGCUUUUAAACUGAAGUGAUAGAUGAGUAUUGGAUGAUUAUGGAAUCCAAAUUAUGAAUCUCCUAUUGCUUGGCGGCAAUGUCUGCUGUAAUCAGGCCAGCCAAACAAUAGUGAUGAUGUAUUUAUGUAUGAUGCUGUGAAAAAUCUUCAAGGCUGCAUAGAACUUUUAAAGAAUUAAAUUUAUUAAUAUACCUUUUCUCAGUUGAGUAGUAUUUUUUUUUUGGCUUUAUAAUGUAUCCAUGUUUUAAAAAUGAAAUAGAAAUUAUCAUUUAUUUUUUAAACCUUAUUUACUCUUUCUAUAUUCUGUGUAAAUUAUACUAAACAUUAACAUUUUCAAAAUAUCUUCAAAAAUUAAAAGUGCUGUGAAGCUAAGAAUAUUGUUACAGCAUCGUGCUCUCAGAAUUGUGCCAUUUGAAGAUAUGAGCUACACAUGUUAGGAUUGGCUGUGCCAUUUCUGUCAUUACAAAAAUGACAUGUACAUAAAAACUGAUAUACAUAUUAUAUAUAUAUACAUACAUAUAUAUAUAUAUAUUUGUGAAUGAUGAAUCUCGGCUGAUUGUGCAUUUAUGCUGGACAAUACAUAUAUUUACCCACCCUGCUUUUGUGCUUGUUAAAAAUUAUUACCGGUGAUGCAGAAAAUGGUAGUUUCCAGUUGUGUAAUUUUUAAAAAUGUGAUCGAUUUUUGCUAAUUUUUCAUUUUCAAUGUUUCACUAAAUAUGUUGACAACUGUCAUCUGUGUUUGGGGAUAUUGUGUGUAAAAAAUCCUUCCCCAUUGAUUGAGUGCAGCUUAUGUGCUUAUGUCAUCUUAUUAUCUAUUUUAGCACAGCUUUUUAAAUUUUGUUUUUCAAAUAACUGACAUAAGCUGUUUGGUAGAAGUAUUUUCAAACAUGCAUGCAUCAUUAGCUUUGGUGAAUAAUAAAUCUAGUUAUAUAUUUUAAUGCAAAUUAUUUUAAAAUUGGAAUUGUGUCUUAAGUUCUGAUGUAACAUAUAGAGAAAUGAAUUUGUGUAUUCUCUAUAAAUUCAAUAAAUUUAUAAGCAUUCUAAAAAUAUUCCAGUACUGUAAACUUUUUGUAAAAGUAAUGCUGAAAUGUAAGGUUGGGUUUGUCAUAAAAUUACUAUAGUAUUUUCUUAAAGAAAUGCAGUAUACUUUAUUUGACAAAAAAAAUGGAAGAUUAAAAUCACUUAGUUGCUUUUUUGUAUUGUAUUGUUUUAUGCUGCAUUAGGAUUGUUCCAAGCAAUAAAUGUACAUAUUCAUAAACUGA